UCCUGGCACUCAAUCUAGCAGCCGAAGAAGUGGAAUCAGAAGAAUAUUUUGAAAAAAUACCAAAAUCUAAGGGAUAUCUAUGAUCAAGGGUAUUGAAUUAUUCCAUUUGUUUGGCUUUGGCUGCGAGUCCACAGAGCAGCAAUUUUUUUUAAUGCGUAGACAACAUACUAACAAACUACUUACACCACUAGAACAGUACAACAUGCCAAUUUGCUAGGAAGAAGUUGGGAGUUUUGGGCCGUUUCGUUUGGUGUGUAAGCAAAAUUGUAGGGAAUUUCUGUUAAUUAUAUAUCACUUUUAUGGCUAAUUUACAGGAUAAAGAGUACCCAAUGGACAUUUCUCCUCCUCCUCCUUCUUCUUCUUCUUCUUCUUCUUCUUCUUCUUCUUCUUCACUGUGUCAUUUAUCUGUUAAUUCGACAUGGGGAGAAGCAGGUUCUUUGUUACUGUUCCUGUUUAUGGAGAGAUGGAAUCAUGGAAGAGAGAAAAUGUAAUUCCUGGGUCUCGACUGUAGAUACAGUUUCUUGUCCUGUGCUUCUCCCCUCGAAGGCAAAAUAUCUCUUCUCAAAAGCUUGGCAAAAUAUCUCUCCUCAAAAGCUUGGGCGUCCCUUUCAAACAUUGACCUCGUCGACGUGAAUUCUUUUUUCGUGGAUAAGAUCUCUCACAAGUUUCUUCGCAGUGACAGAGAGAGGGAGUGACGGCCAAGCCAUGGAACCCCAUCAAUUGGAUGAAAAAAGAUUUACCCUGUAAGUAUAGUCUCCAUCUAUCUGUCCUUGAAGGAAGGAAAAUAAGAAGUGGGUUUAGAUUUAUUUUUCUCGAAGAUCUAUCCUGUUCAUUAGUUUUGAGGACAUCAGCAAUUGGUGAUCAUUGCUCCGAAAUCACAAUCCCUGCUUCCUGCGAGACUGUCAAUGAAGAUAUUUGUAGUAGUUUUUUCCAGGUAAGAAUCCCUGUAGAUGUGGAAAGAUUUCAGUGACAAGGAGGACUAAAACUCCAAGGCCAUGGAUUGUUCUUAUGAGACCAUGAACGAGGAUGAAUUGGCGGAUUCUGGUCGCAAGAUCAUCAGACAGUCCCCUUACCAAGCCUGCAGCAAGCUAUCGUUGCCUUGGUUUGAACUGAGGGUAUUCUAUGUGAGGAUUAGCAAUUUUGAGGUUGAUGAUUUGACCCCUGAGUAUCUCAGACUCAAUCAUAUCCCGCUGAACCCAGACACCCUCCUUGAAUUUAACAAUGUGAAAGGCAGCAUCUCUACAGAAGGCGUGACCUCCCUACUUAGAAGGGAUCGAGUCGAUAAGAAAUCAGAGGAAGUCACAUUUGUGAGCACAGAUAGUACAAGGAUGACUGGGAGUGUAAAGUUUGAUGUCUAUGACACAGAUGAUCUUUUACUCUCUGGGGUCUUGGAGAUGUCUAAUGGCUUUACUGGGGAAUCCAAAAACCAUUGCAAGAGAUGGACCAUGACUUGUCAAUCACAUGUGGUUUCAGGCACAUGCUUCUUGAAAGAAAAACAACACAUGGGUCUUGAGUUACCUUCUCCAACCAUCGAGGUUUAUGUGGCUGGUUGUUUUUCUGGUACUCCUAUUAUCUUGACAAAAACCCUGCAACUAUGUCCCCGAAAGAAGACCACUAGGAAGGGUAUGUUGGGUUCAAUCCCCGAGUAUGAGACAACUGAGGGCAAGAAAGAUGAUCCAUCUGAACUUGAUUACCAGAUUGUAGAAUACCAUUGCAAACCAGAAAGCUUAGAUGAUUAUAAUGAUCCAUACUCAAGGGCGGAAUACAUAGAGAGUGAUGAAGGUGAACUCUCAUGGUUCAAUGCUGGAGUCAGGGUUGGUGUUGGGAUUGGCCUCGGCAUAUGUCUGGGACUUGGGAUAGGAGUAGGUUUGCUGGUUCGCACAUACCAAGCAACCACCAGAAACUUCAAAAGGCAGCUGGUGUAGUUCCAGGCUUACCCAAUUGUUCAUUCAAUUUUAUUCUACUCUCCAUCCCCCCAACCCAAAAAAAAAAAAGAAAAGGGCUUUUCCCAGGAAGCGAACUUAAUUAUGCUUACUAAAGUCAUUUGUCGCUUUGUAUGUUUUUGUGAACUGAUGUAAUAACAAACAAGGCUAUGACCGUGACAAAAUUUUGUUGGUGGAAUCCCCAGAAAUAAAACAAAGCUAAUCUCCUUUCUGGAUCA